UGGUCCACUGUUUCAGUUUGUCAUUCAUUCCAGGCACACCUAAAAGCAGUGGUAGUCACACGCAGCAGUGCCUCUGUGUGAGUUAACUAUAUAAUACAGUUAAAAAUGUUUUGCCUUUAGUAUCAUGGUUUGGUAAAAUUUUAAAAGGAUUCCUAGAGGAAUUUGUGGACGUUUUGCCUGAAGACUUAUAUACUGAUAUAAAAAGGUGUCACACUGUGCAGUGGAUUAAAAUGGAAAAGACAAAUGUCAAGCUGUUUGUUUUCCUUUUUCUUUUUGUGAUUGUAAGCUUUAUCCUGGUUCAAAACUUUGGUGGAUAUAUAUGUACAGGUGCACUUAUUUACAGAUAUCCUAUGUUGAGUAGUUCUCAAUCAAAGAAAGUUUUUUUCACAAAAAAUUCCAUAACAUCCAUUAAACAUUCAGAACAUUUUAUGGUGUCUGCAUUCACUGAUCACAGAAUCAAUGAGGCCAUUCGAGUUAUCAGCAUAAUCAAAAGGGACAAUCUGCAGCCUCUUUACUGCAUCUUCUGUAAUGAUGACCAUGACUGCCAGACUGCUGAGGCCGAAGUCCAGAUACACAGUGACCAUUUUGGCUUUCCAUUUGCAGCUUCAGAUAUGCUGUGUCAUGGCGUGCACACUCAAAUUUCAACACAAGUGGCCAUUUCAACCAGUGCAAACAUCUCAAAUAUUCACACUGAAGAUCUCUUGCCCAUAAAGAAUAAAGUGACCCAUAAAUCAUUUAAGUUCAAUUUCACUGUCUGUAUCUCCAACCUUUUUGAAGGCUACAAUAAUGUUCUGCAAUUUGUACAAACAGUGGAAAUGUACAAACUUCUAGGUGUGCAACAUAUAGUGAUCUACAACACGAGCUGUGGUCCUGACCUGGAGAAACUCUUACAGCAUUAUAAGAGGGAAGGAAUAGUAGAGAUUGUUUCAUGGCCUAUUGAUAAAUUCCUUAACCCAUCUAAAGGAUGGAACUUUGUGGAACAUGGUGGAGACCUCCACUAUUAUGGCCAGUUGGUAACUCUUAAUGAGUGUAUCUAUAGAAACAUGUAUCAGUCCAAAUAUGUUCUUCUGAAUGACAUUGAUGAGAUCAUCAUGCCUUAUAAGCAUGCUAACCUUCCAUUACUGAUGGAGGAUCUUCAACAAGAGCACAUAACUGUGGGUGUAUUUCUUAUUGAGAAUCACAUUUUCCCCAAGACACAGUGUGAAGAGACUCGUCGAUUCAGUCGACCAGAAUGGAGAAAUAUUUCUGGCAUCAAUAUUAUGGAACACAUUUAUAGAGAACCAGAUAGAAAAGAUGUCUUUAACCCCAGAAAAAUGAUCAUCAACCCAAGGAGUGUAGUACAAACAUCAGUACACUCAACCCUGGCACAAUAUGGAGAUGUGUAUUAUGUACCUUUUGAUGUGUGUCGAAUUGUUCAUGUGAGAACACCACUACAGGGACAUCUUACCAAAGAGCAACUGUUUGUUGAUACAAGGGUGUGGGACUUUGAGGCAGAACUGAUAUCAAAUGUUAAUAAAACUCUACAGGCUUCUGAUUUGAUAUAAAUUACAGAUUAAUACGACCUU